AUAAAUUCUGCUAAUUGCUCACCGUGACCAUUCAUUUCACUGCAAUCAGCGUCACUGGCAAGACAGUGCUGCAAUCAUAGGGCCAUGCAUCUAACGACCAAACCAUGGGCAGUGGUGGCAUUCAUGGGCGGUGCAGUCUUGGCACAGAGCCAGAGCAUGUGGGGGCGAUGUGGUGGGAGCGGGUAUGAAGGCCCGAGGCAAUGCCCACGCACUGCUAUCUGCUAUUCUGCCAACCCAUGGUACUCCCAGUGCCAGCCGAUCGAGUCCGGCAUAGGACAGCCAGGGAAUCCCAUAGUAAUCACCACCACGGUCCAGACGACCAUCACCGUGGUCCCCGGCCCCAGGCCGACGGUGAUCACAACUCGCUUCACCUACCUGACGCCCUCACCAACCCUCACACCAGAUCCGCAGUUUACCGUCAUCGACGGCAUCACCUACAGCAUCAUCCGCCCGCGUACCAGCUCCGCGCCGCCGCAGUUCACCGUCAUCAACGGCGUGACGUACAGCGUGAUCCGUCCUCUUGCCGCUGAUCCCACUGGAGCCCCGGUGCUGGAGGCUCGCCUACCCCAUCUUGACAACCCCGAUCGUAACAUUCCCCGCGCACCAGCAGCAGCAGCAGCAGCCAACCCAAUCAUGCCACGAGCACCAACCCCAACCAUCCUCGCAGAAGGGCAGUACUGGAUUCGGGCGGUAGCACCGCCCAACUACCACAAGUACCUGCAAACCAACCCCACCAACGUGGCCGGGCAGGCGAUCCUGGGUGCCGCGGGCACAGCGGGCCAGUUCUCGAUCCAGGACGGGCAGCUGGUGGAGGCGACGGACUCGGGCUCGCCGGCCUUGUAUCUACACGUCGAGAGGCCCGCGGUGCUUACCGACCCGCCGCAGCGGGCGCUGGCGACGUGGUUCAACACGACCAAGAACGACUUUGGGGCGUUUGCGUGGCAGGGAGACUCGCUGAUCUGGACAACGACCGAGGUCAAGAGGCAAAACGCCGCGGCGUGGCUGGUGUGCAGGGACCAGGGCUUGUUUGUCAACACGGGCGCGUAUGCGUACCAGACGCCGGCUGGGUGUGUGGACCAAACUAUUCACUACUACAACGACAAGACUGCCAACCACCUAGUCGAGAGAUUUCUAGUAUGAAUCGUGCAGUUAUGUUACUCAAGGGGGAGUGGGGGUUGAAGGUUUGAAGUGACAUUGUCCACAGACAUUAUCUCAGGGUUUGUGACUUGGGAUGAGCCCGCCUUGUCGAAAUUUGAAAAGAAAGGGGGGGGGGGCAUCAGCAAUACUUCACCUUUAUU